GCCAAGGCCUGUCAGCAAGACUCGGGGAUGAGGUUUUGUACAGGAAGCAGCAAUGCGUGCGGAAGCUGAGUGAGCUGUGUGGUAUCCUCCUCCAGCAGUGAGCGCUCAGUGACACAGCUAGCUCUGCCGCCUGGCGCAGGUGCUCAGAGAACGCGUGGCGGUACAGGGCCAUGGAUUCCCCUCUCUCACCCUCCUCUGCCAGGAAGGAAGCUGGGAUGGUCCUGACUCUAAUCCUGCUGCUCUCUGGUCCCAGCCAGCGAGCCAUGGCCGCCCAGAGGCAACAAGGCGUGGAGUGCAUCGUCUUCAACGAUCAAUACCUGACCUGUAUGUGGGGCAGCAAAGAGAUGCCGACAGCCAAUUAUUCGCUCUAUUACUGGUACUUUCCCCCAGGGGUUGAAAACCACAUGCCAGUGGAAUGCAAGCACUACCUCCAGGAGGAGGGCAUCAACACAGGCUGCUGGUUCAACCACAGCGAGAUCAUCCAGUUCCGUACCUUCUACAUCCACAUCAAUGCCAGCCAUGAGGGCAGGAGCCUCGUCAUCCCCACCAAAGCCAUGAAGCUGCAGGACCUAGUGAAACCUGCUCCACCAGUGAACCUGACCAUCCAGAACAUAAGCAAUAACCAGCUGCAGCUGACCUGGGACUCCAUGUACAACAAGCCCCGCUGCUUGGAAUAUGCUGUCAGAUACAAAAGCAACAAGGACACCAGAUGGACGGAGCAUUUGGCAAGUGGCAAGAUCUUCUCCUUCCCUAGCGUGGACUACGAGAAGUAUUACACCUUCUAUGUGAAAAGCAAGAUCAAUCAGUAUUGCGGCACCACGCAGCUCUGGAGCGAGUGGAGCGUCCCAGUGUUCUGGGGCAACAAUGCAACAGACACGGGCAUGGCAGAGAAGCAGCCACCAUGGUUCUGGAUUCACGUGGUUCUCCCCACUGCCUCUUUGAUGCUCAUCCUGGUCCUUGUCAUUUUGCUGAUUCGAAUGGAAAGAGUCUGGGUCAUUUUCAUGCCCAGAAUCCCCAACCCCAGCAAGAACUUUGAUGAGCUCUUCAACACCCACCAGGGCAACUUCCCGGAAUGGGCCGGAGUCUCCAAGGACGUCGUGGAGAGCUUCAAACCCAACUACAGCGAGAGCUUCUGCUACGUCAGUGAGCUGCCCCCCAAGGAGGGAAGCUCGCCCCUCUGGGGGGGCCAUGACAAGCCGAGAGCCCCCCCGGGGCGCUCCUCAGUCCCAGCCUCCAGCAGCAGCCCUGGGUUGAUCCUCUCCAAAAAAAGCUACGUGGGAGUGUGAUGUUACCAGCAGGAGUCGGGACUGUCUGCUUCUAUCGCCUC